UUAAGCUAUUUUUUCAAUUAAUUAGCACUGAUGUUAUAUGUGAAGUGAUCCUUUCAAGAUUCGCAGCCCGCUACCAUUUUCAAGUAAGUCUUUAAUGUGGGUCUCUAAUUUCCCAACGAAUCGACGCGUAGAAUACGAGGGCUAUGGACGCUAUUUUGGCUGAUCAAUAGUUCUUGAUGGUUUCGUGGCAAGCAAAACCAGCGGUCGGUCACGCCUUUUGGUGCUUCUUACGGCUGGCCUGGCUCUAUCCUUUGCUACCCUCAUCGCAGUCCAUCUUAUGGCGCAUUGUGAACGGCCAGGAGACAAAAACUAGAAGCUAUUUCACUAUGCUCGAAAGCUGGUUCGUCACCGAAUCAACGAUCUUCUGAAGAAAUCGCGUAAUCGACGUAAACGGCUGUGUGUGUGAUUUUUUGACAGUUUAGUCAACUGAGCAUAAACGUGCAGAACUACUCGGAGAAAGGCGAAAUAAUCGGACCGACAAACAGACAAUCGAAAAAUAGCCAUAAACACAGGCGAGCUGAAAGCCCGGCAUUGAAGAAAACGUCACAAGUAGAAGCGUGCGAUUGCGUUUGUCUUUUUAUCUUUCCAACUGAGUAGAUGACUGCAAUGAUCGCCUCAGAUGCAGUGAACACGGUGUUUGUUGAUGCUGAGCUUCGGAAUUCUGAUGCGAUCGUCUGACACAGCCGAGCAAAUGAACGUUUGUUGUGCUCGAUUCAGAGUUGUUUAUUAACUCAAAAAGACGCCAUGAAUGGCAGAGCAUUGCAUUUCGGUGACAACUAUUUAAGGAUUAGGUAAAGAGUAAAAAAAGAUAAAUACUAUCUUUAACCGAUCAGACGAUCUCAGUGAAUCUCGGGUGCAUUUUUCAUUGCUUCACCUCAACCAACUGCCGGGUUAAGUCGGACAUACAAGGAAAACCAGGAGCAUAAUUCCGAUUUGAACAGGUUUUCUCGAUUUGGGAAAUUGACAUUUCGGAUAAUCAUCCCCCACUUUAGACUUCUUAGAUUUAUGCGUCACUUCAACAUCUGACGGAACGGGAGGUCGUACAGCCCGGGCCUACAGUCAAUUCUUCCGAUAAAAGACCAGGCGAGCAUAUCACCAGAAUCGGACUGCAUUCAAGGACGUCUAUGCGCCAUCCCUUCGUGAAAGCUUCGAAAUAUCCGUUUCGAAGGUUUCACGAAUCGCCAAAGAAUCGCAGUAUUUAUUGUCACAGAUGCGCACAAUUUUUCGAUGAUUGCGUUAGGCCAUUUCGGGCCUGGCUGGUUGGGCCGGUCGCUACGAAGACGCUUCGCCUCUGUCUAUUUGUUUACAUGCUGUAUCUUGCGGGACGAUGAUGACGUCAACAAAAACAGAUUUUUUUCAUCUCUAUCUAUGUUUUUCCCUCGCUCUUUUCCUAUCAAAAUGGCUUCAUAUGAGUUCGAGCCGCACAAGCUGAGGUAAGUUCAUAACGAGGUCUGCGUCUAUCGAAUAUGGUACUAAACCUUGAUUUCGCGUCAUAAGUGUGUUCCAAACCAAUUUGUUUCGAUUUCUUCUAACAUAAUACAACAAUUUAUGCCUAUAAAGAUCGUUGUCUGAUCAUCAUCAUCAGAAAAGCGUCAUAAACUAUGGUUACAACGCUAAUCGAUAGCUGACAAUCGCUAACGUAAACUGUGCAUCCGGUGACCGCACACGAUGUUGUGUGCUUGUCGUCUGCUUAUAGUGACAAGUCUCAUUUGAUGAUGCUUCGUGGCUGUUUGAAAGGGCUGAAUACCUACUUAUGUGCUCACUACGGUUACCGUUAAUUUUGCCGAUCCGUGCAUAAAGCGUAGUUUUCAUGGAAACCAACGCGAAGAGGGAAAACAGCCCGGCUUUGCUAAUAACUGUGCGAUAAAAUCGCAGUUCCGUUAUAUAUAUUUUUUGGCAGAAGGCGUUCCUGGCAAUGAUGCUCUCAGUUCCGUAUAGUGUAAUUGUAAUGGAAGUAGUGAUUUGCCAUCCAACAACGAGCGAGGGCGAAAAAAACACGGAAAGCUAAGAAAACGUUCUACUAUCGUCACGUUCAAUCUUUGCAAUGGAUAACGAAUAACGAUUGAGUAUCUAUGAGGCAGUCAUGCGCAACGCUAUUCCAGUAGUAAUUGCAUGAUUGAUAGCGGCCGAUAACUAGCUUCCGGUGCAUUUCAAUGUAGGACACUCCUUUCCUGCUCCCACGCGGCCUAUCCAAUCGAAAAGGUUCAGUCGUUGGCGUUCCAUGAUGUCACGGAAUUUGAGUGGUGGCACGGUCCAACCGCCGGCACCCGGUCGUACAUGGCAUGACAUCGUGUUGUAUCUGCUUGUUACUUUCUGCUGUCGACGACAUCGGUACGGCUCAAUAGUGAGACACAUGGCACUGAACUGAAAAAGGGAGUAUUAGCAAAGAUGGUGAAGUGGAUGACUUGACCGUGAAGCCAGUCCGGUUGAGGUACGGUUCGUCGUUGGUUGCUUAGAAGUGAGCGGAGCUCUGGCAAAACGAGAACCUCGGAGUCUCGCAGGGAACUCAUAGAUACUCACGACGUAGCGGUAUUUGGCUGUUCCGAAAUGGCAGAAGACAACGACGAAAACGGCCGAACGACCCCCGCCUCCAUACGCAAGGGGAAGCCGGGUGGAAAGAUGAAUCCGUCCCCGAAGAAAGGCCAGUGCGUAACCUGCACUGUGCGACUCCUGGACGGAACCGACUUCGAAGAGCAAUUCGACAAAAAAGCUAAGGGACAACAGGUUUUCGAUAUGGUCUGCGAAUCUCUGAAUCUUCUAGAAAAAGACUACUUUGGCUUAACGUAUAGAGAUGCGGAGGAUAUCCGAAACUGGGUUAAUCUGGAAAAGAGAGUUGCAAAACAACUCAAGACCAGUCCCUGGAUGCUAAACUUUGAAGUCAAAUUUUAUCCCCCCGACCCAUCCCAGUUACAGGAGGACAUCACGCGGUAUCAUCUAUGUCUGCAGGUUCGGGAAGACAUUUUUUCGGGGAAGCUUCCAUGCUCCUUUGUGACGCACGCCUUACUUGGUUCAUGCCUCGUGCAGGCUGAGCUCGGCGAUUACGAUCCAGAUGAAAUGGGAUCUGACUAUCUUUCGUCAUUCCGUUUAGCUCCCAAUCAAACACCCGAACUCGAGGAGAAGAUUGUGGAAUUACAUCGUCAACACAAGGGCCAAACACCAGCCGAAGCAGAGCUACAUUAUUUAGAUAAUGCACGAAAGCUGGCAAUGUACGGUGUGGACCUGCAUCCGGCAAAAGACUUCGAGGGCGUUGACAUCAUGCUUGGGGUGUGUUCUUCCGAUCUAUUAAUCUACCGAGACCGGCUACGAAUUAACCGUUUUGCCUGGCCAAAAAUUCUGAAGAUCUCCUAUAAACGGAAUAACUUCUAUAUAAAGAUUCGGCCAGGUGAAUUCGAGCAGUUCGAAAGCACGAUUGGCUUCAAGCUGGCCAAUCAUCGUGCGGCCAAACGGCUAUGGAAAACCUGCGUUGAGCAUCACACUUUCUUCCGAUUGAUGUCUCCUGAACCCCCACCUAAACAGCGUCUAUUGUUACCCCGACUUGGAUCUAAGUUCCGCUAUUCGGGCCGAACGCAAUACCAGACGCGGAUUUCUCAGAUCGAUCGACCGCCACCAUCAUUCGAAAGGACUCUGUCCAACAAGCGUUUCUCCUCCAGAAGCAUGGACCCGCUGAGUUAUUCUUCCAGCCGGGAUAGACUUUCUGAUGGAAGGACAGUUCCAGCAGGCGGAACCCUGCCGAACAGGAAACCGGAUCGCGCUUCCCGUAGCCAGGAAAGACUGCCCUCACAGACGCUUGAGGAGCAAGAGGAGAUUCAACGGAUGGACAGAGCUGAUCGAAUGGGUGAUCAGCGAACUUUAAAUCGUGAACGCGACCGACCGGAUCGGGACCUAACCUCGCCAACGCCGGCUGAUGGAGAUCCACAGGGAAAGAACAAGAAACCUAUUGGUGGGGUCGCCGUCAUGCUCCCCAUGGACUUGAAAGCUGCAGGCACCGGGGCCCAUCGCAGGAGCCAGCCUGAUGAGUCUCUCAGAAGGUCCCAGGUUGAAGACGACGGUUCGGGAAUCACCCUUACCAAAUUGAAGAGGACUCCCCUGCGCGAAGACACUAUGGGAUCUUCCGUAGAAGACUCGGCAGAAUACGUGUUGACACCGGACCGUCCUUCAGACCAGAGUUACAGAGAAAACGGAGGCGUUACACAGGCGGUAGCAAUGUUCAGCCAGUCUGAAGCUAAACUCGAUAAUGUUGAUACUGAGUUGAAUAAGGGGGCCGGUUCGGCCACAUCGGAAAGUUCAUUCUUUGUUCAGAGGGUUCCGGGACGCGAACCUCCCGCGCAUACAGUUUCCGUUGGUCCGGUCAUGUUUGGUGCACGCAAAAAGGACAAGUCGGCCCAGCAACGGCCUCCUCUGCGGCAUAUUUUCUCAGAAGAGCACAUCGCAACGGCACCUUUAAAGGGGCUAGCUGAACAAGAGGUAAUUAAAAAUGAGCUGGACAGAUCCACCGAGCGAAUGGACACACUUGAGGAGGAGCAUUGCUCCGAAUCGCUCACACACACGGCGGCAGCAACAGCACAAAACCGAAAGGAGAAUCUAAGCAGUUUACACCUCUUAAAGGACGAGCACCCCGUAACAAGUACGCCGCGGCCGAGCGGUGGUGGGCCCAGGGUGCCUCCACAGCCCGAGCGGACCUCAAGUCCAAUCCAGGGCGGACCUGGUAGGGUCGGAGCGUCGGUCAGGCAAGGAGGCUUCCUUAGGCAAACCACGCCGUACACGAAGGAGUACAUGUACGAGGUUAAGCCCGAGGAACUACGCGAACAGCGCACAAAGUCCCCGCUGGGCUUCACCUACACCGAGGCAGGAAGGGAACGAACUACACCGCCUGGAUCGUUAGACGCGGAUAGCGGCAAAGUCGAGAAAGGUCUCGCUUUUACCUACUCGCCGAGCGGCGCACCAACGAAAUCGAUUCUCAAACAGCCGACAUUUGUCCACGACCGAUCGUCGUCAAGUCUCAAUGACUCGAUGUCGAUGUCGAGAAGUUUCGGAUCAACACCUCCGACAUCUCCGACGAAAGCGCAAGCAGCAGCACAGGCGGGCGACCUCUACUCACGACCGACCGCCGCCCCUAGGACCGUGCCUUCCUCCAGAUUGUCGGCGGGCAUUACCCUUGGCAGUAAGCCGCCCGUCGCCCAAAAACCUUUGGGGGUUUCAUCAAAGGGUGGACGUGGCAGCAGCGGGGCGAUGACGCCUUCGUCUCAAAGGGACAUCGACUCCAGCAGCGGCGACGAGGACGAGAGCACCGACGAGUCGCUCGAUGAGUACCGCCAGGAACGUCCGCCUAGUUCAGCCGGCGUUGUAAGCGGCAGGUCCACGCUAGACACAAGCGCCGAUUCUGGGCGCAAAGUGUCGAUCACCAACCCGCCGGUCACCUCGACCCGGACGUAUAGGACAGAACGUGACAGUAGCAGGGACGCGCGAGGUGGUAGUAUGCAGCCGCAAGAGGAGUAUUACGCUACGCCAAAAUCCGCUGUCGUGAAGAGCUAUGAGGGACCGGCAAAGCGAAGUGUCACCACCCCCGUGUCCUCCGACCGAAGCUUCGAUCGCAGUUUCGACUCCGGCGCCGGCGGAAAGGUGACAAUUACUAGCUCUUCCAGCACGCACCGCUCCGCGUACGGACAGCCUGCAUCGUACAAGCACCGACAGGACUCGAAGGACAAAUCCAGUGCAGGCGCUGAUACUGUGGAUUCCGGCUCUAGCCCAACCAAGGACAAGGACACGGGUAAAGGGACCGCAUCGCCUUCGGGAUCGCUUGGAAGACAACAUGAACAACAGCAGAAAUCGUCCUCGAUGUCGUUCGACAAAGAUACACAGUAUUAUACAUCGUUCCCUGGACGAGUAGAUUCCUCAGCUGGCUCUGCCCCAAGCCCCCACAAAUCCUCUGGAGGCCGGGAUAGCGAUCAGUUGUCUGGCGUCACGGGGGAUAGUCAGAGUCCUCCACCCCAGGUUACCUCUUCAGGAGGGCUAGUGUAUGACGAACGAAGUGGCGAGUACACUCGCUACUCCACUACGACGCAGCAGCAACAGCAAACGCUUGUCACAGAACACAUUGCCUCAACCGGACGGGUUAUGGCGGUUCCCGUCGACCAGCUGCCGCAAACAAUUGUUAAAACCGAGACAAUGAAGUACGAUGGCAGCAAUACAACUGGAAAUUCAUCUGGAACAGCGGGAGGUUCGCUAAUUACUAAAACUGUGCCAGUAGUCUCGACGGAGACCCGAAAAGUGGCCUACUCGGUGGAUCCUUUGGGGGAGGACGGGUUGCCGUCGGGUGGUCAGUACUCUACCACAAAGGUGACUACCCAGCAUGUGCCACCCCAUGACAUCUCCGUCGAACAAGAAGGCGAGGUUAUUUCACAGCAGACGAUUUCUUCGAAGACGCGCACAGUAGAAACGGUGACGUACAAGAUGGAACGGGACGGAGUGGUCGAAACACGGGUCGAGCAAAAAAUUACAAUUCAGAGUGACGGAGAUCCUAUCGAUCACGAUAAAGCACUUGCCGAGGCUAUUCAGGAGGCAACAAUGAUGAACCCUGAUCUCAAGGUGGAGAAGAUCGAAAUACAGCAACAAGGUGGCAACUGAUGAGCUGGAGGCGGAUUAGUGGAUGACAACAUCGUGGCACUGAUAACGAAGGACAAAGUGGAUGAAUAGUAAAGCAAAAGAAGCCAGAAAUCCGCAACCCCAUCGGAGGUCCCUAAUCGAUUAUCUCGCCUUGGCUCGAUCAUCCCUGACGACGACAAGCUUCCGAUGUUUAGCGCCCAAAUACAUAUAUAUAUAUAUGAAAAUUAUUAAUAUAUGAAUGACCUUACCUAUCGUCGACAGCAUCAGCGCCCAAACAAACACAUUAACAGAAUGUGUUCAACGAUAUCGGUGGUAAAAUCUUCAGUAAGCAGGCCACUAACAAUAAGCAUAGAGAAUAUCCAUAAAGUCGCGCACUCCGAUGCAGGCCUAUGACAGAGUGUGCCUAUGUGUAUUCCAAAAUUCGUAUUCUAGGGAUAUUGUUACGGGUUUGCGUUCUAUCGAUAAUAUUAAUUAUAACAACAAUAAUAGUUCACCCGUUCGUAUAUUCUUGUUGAUUCCUUAGUUUCUUGCCAUUGCGGCUAUCGAUGGGAACUGGACGAAACGUUGUGGGACCCAGCAACUGCCUAGUCAACCCAUAAUGUACAAAUGACAAAGAUGACGUAUGGGUUUUAGGGCCAGGUGAGAAGAUUUCAGAAAAGUCUAACUGCUGUUAUCGGUCAAAACGAUAGAUAAAGCAAGCAUUACUUUGCAAAGAAUAGCUGCGAUACCUUAAGGUCUGUCGAAACUUCUAACGCACAUACGUACAAUAUGAGAAUCUGAUAAUAAUUAUAACACUGGAGUUAUUAUGGACGAACAUGUCACUAAAAUGAUAUUCUCUUACGAUCUUCAUGAGAUAGGUUUGAGGCAUGCCACUCAUCCACAGCCUUCACUAUGGCAACGUCGAAAGCGUUGCCAUAGUGAAGGCUGUAGAAGCGAAAGUUGGUAACAGUAAACAUGAGCUCAAUGUAAUAGUUCUACAUUUAACAGCAGAGGCUUGUCGGAGCGGUCAGGGGUAGAUAAAUGCCUACACAGUGUCAAACAGCACUAACAAGUAAAUAAACUAAAAGCGAUCCUGAAAGCGCUCGCAGACCAGUGGUUGAGGUACAAGGAGCUCUGAUCUUCUCGUAUCCUACCGAUCUAUCCUGCGCGUGCGCCGAUGAUUUGCCCCAGUAUUUACGCUUACUAGCGUGUGCAAGUGGGCCGCAAUAGACAAAACGAUUUGAUAUAGACGAACAUUUGCACCGACCCAAGAACAGAUCCACUCGGUGCCGACAACAGACCUUAUCGCUGUCUCAACCUAUAUACGCCAAUUUUGCCGUCUAUCGUGACAAAUGCCACAUAAGCUGGAUAGAGCAUUUAAGCCCGUAUGUAUGCUUUGUCUGAGCACGCUUAUAAAACGGGCUCGAAUAUUCAGGAAAAAACAGGUCGGCGAAUAUCUACGUUUGACAAAGUAGCAUAACAUUACUACCGGUGCGAUACGAAAGCAAAUAUUACUCUGUAUAUCCUUUUAGGUGUACAGUAACGUAUCUUAUUUUUUAGGUUGGGUUUAGUGUCUGUGCUUCAAUCAGUACAAGCUGGACGAUUCAACAUGCUGAUAAAGCCGUUCAGAAGGUUGCCGAAAUGGCUACGAGCUGAAAAUAGUUUUCACAAAAUUAGGAUCAGAAAACAUGGAUAAAUAGGUAGAAUUUGAGCUGACAUAGGGGCAGUUUCCCGCCUCUUCUCAGAUAGAGAACUGAGUUUUGUUGUCGAUUACUUAUUAUAUAAGGUGUAUGAAUAUCAGGCGUUCAUACUUUCAUCUGGUAGACCUGCUAAACGUACACACUUUAUUGCCUGACUUUUGAAGCUACCUAGAAAUAAAGGUGAACGAGUAUCGUCCGAAUUAUAUGUAUGUAAAAGUGCAAUUGUGCCCGGUAUGAUUAUGCAUAGAAUUCAAUGGACAAUAGAGUAUGGCCAGGUCGAGCGAAGUGAGACUUUCCGUGACGCUACUCCAGUCUAAGAUCAUUUGCCCCGGCAUCAUAAUUAUUAUAUAAUACAAUAUUCGUGUGGCGACAAAAGCAGAUACGUUUUAUCAUCAUCAUACGUUGGACGCAUGUGGACGACUGCACAUCAGAUCAUUUACUUGCGUUUGUCAUCAGGCCUGUCGUGAUUCAGAAGACUUUUUGAAGCAACUCAUAGUUACCGAUUGAGAAUGAAACUCUCCGUAUGCAUACGUGUAUGUAGAAGUGGAUACAUGCAGUCGAGCAUUCACUAUAGGUAGAAACGAAGGCAUAUGACAAAUAAGCCUACUCAGAUUGAGGCAUAAGACUGUUUGUAUGAGUACAUUAACGAUACAACAAAGAAUCGGAUACACUAUUCUGAAUAGAGACGGUGUUUGUGUGUACAUUGCUAAAGCCUACGCUCGGAGUCCACGUUAUGGACCAAGCGUCCAAUUGAACAGGAGCCUUUGCACGCAUCCAUAGCCACAGUUAAUAAAACGACAUAAUGAAAAGAAUAAUAAGACAUUAUACUGACCGUUAUAUAAAAAAAAUAGUCAGCUUUCGAGCUAGACAGAUGUGACAAGGAAUAGAUAUGAUAAUUUCUUCCAUCUCGUCGUCUGCCACACAUAUGCAUAUAUACAAUUAAAAAAAUGUGGUAGACGGACAAAUAAACAGGGCAAGGAGGGACGGGCAAAAAUUGUACGAAAUGACCUGCGCGUCAUGCAGGAUAUACGGCACGUACGCAUGAGAUACACGGCGCAGACCGUUUCACUUGCUACCAAGUAGGAGCGGCGAGUUUUUGAGUAUGUGGACAACUUUUCAUGGCAGACUUUCGCCCACAGCGAACGAAAAUAACCAACGAGCUGAGCUGAGGUCACGCUCGAACACUGAUUGAACAGACGGACAAGAACAGAUGUAUGUAGAUGACUAACAAGUAUAUUAUAUAAUAAUAUGGCGUCGUGUAAGUGUCGCGCGGCGAGAAAAACACAAAAAUAAUAAAUCCUAUAGUAAGCCAAAAUAUGUAAGGCAAAACAGAGGGACAUAAUAUACACACGAGUCAGUUUGAGCAAUGGAAUCACACGGUUGCGGAAGCAGAGCAUAGGUGACAUUGAUUCUGAUAUUAAAAGAGAGAAAAAAUAGACACUCAGAAAAUAUAAAACACAAUGAAUAUGGCGGGCGUAUUAUACUAUUUACGUGGGUCAUAUGAUUUUGUAAUCGGAAUCACCACUUUACCGGCGGAAUAACUGUUUGCUUUUAAUUGUCGAAUACACUUCAUAUCUCCCUCGAUAUUUACGUAUCUUUUCUCUUCCAAUAUUUUACUAUGGUUUUCUCGUUCAAUCUGUUUGUGUGGCGCGUGUCAGGCUGUCCUUCUGUCCGCGAGCGAGAGCACCAAAAUGACCGAGAGUUAAGCCUUUUUUUCCGCUAGAACGAACAACAUACUUAUGCAGCUGCCAUAAAAAGUUCGACUAUUAGAGAUAGCGUAAUAGGACAGGCAGAAGAGCGUAAAAACAAAAAAAAUCCCCAUGGAAUCAUCACAGACACGACAGAAAAACGCUAAUCAUCUUUAUUCUAAAACAUAUUAUGAUUUUGACAGUAUAAUCAUAGAAACCUUUUACCAAUGAGACAAUAUUCAUGGAAAAGGUAAAAAAUAAUAACAUACUAUGGAUAGUAACGAUAAUGGUAUUAAUUAUCAUGUUUAUACGGUCAUCUCAGUAGAUUAACACGUUUUUUUGCAUUCGACAAUGGAGCUUCGUUUGGAAACGACAAUUACUGCCAUAAUAAUAAUAAUUUGUCUUGUUAUUGCCGUGCUAAAUAUAACAGGAUUUUUCUUUCUUUUUUUUUUAACCAUUCGUUUUUUAUACCUUUUUAUACAAUCUCUACCUACAACGAUGUGACGCGAUUUAAGAAACAUAACUAUAUAUUUAUCGAAAGUGUGUACGUCUCUAUGCAAAAAAUGAUUAAGUAAAUACGGCUUUUUCUCUUAA